GUGUGAUAAAUGCGCGUAACUUUUUGUCAUCCAUUUUUUUUAAAAAAUCUAUUUUCAUUAGAAAAAUGUUUAUUUCAGUGCAAGAUUUUCAGCUACCCACUGUGUAAGUAGUAGUUAGUGCCUGGAGGCAAUUACAGCAGGUUUUAUGGCAAUAAUUCUGUGAUAAGGAUGUUCGUAUGGCACAUCCGGUAAGUUUUCAAGGGGGCUGUGACUUAAAUCAUUUGUUUUAUUGUCCUUUAUGGCCAUAUUGUGUGGUGGAGGUGCCUGCCGACAGGACUUUGUAUUGAAAUGAAUUGCAUGCUGUGGAAAGCCAUUCAGCCAUUUAGCUGCUUGGGAUUGAUAGCGUAUUUUUUAAACAUUGCCGUAUCGAUAGUUUUCUGGAAUAGCAGUUGUUUAACCAUUGCUUGGAACCCACUGUUCUUUUAAAAACUAAACAAAACUCUGAAGUCAUCUCGUUAGUUUCGAACUGUAUAGCCUAAUCUGCAUUGUAUGUGUGCCCUAAUUUGAAAUUACACGUGACUUUCCUGAGGAGUGGUGGAAGCUGAACCUUAUCAGGAGCCAGGAAUUGGUCACCGCUACCAUGUUCAGCAAGUCCCGUCUGCUGCAUCUGUAUGCCAGGACAAGGGAACUCCCUGUCUCUCAGAUUAGGACUUUGUUUUCAUACCAAAUUCACACUGCGGAGUCUUUGAGAGCCCCUUAAUUGGAGGGUGGGGAGAGCAACACUGGAGAUGUCGUCACUCCUUUGCUGUCCUCCUGGUUUCCUGCCAUGACAGCUGUAGUAGUAGGCAGAGCCCCACUCCGCUGGGCUUCAGGUCACUUCAGCUCUUGGAUAUUUCUCUGAUUUGCUGGUGAUUGAAGAAAAAUAGCGGUGUGAGUUGCACUGUCUUCGUGUGACUAAUCCCACAAGUGUUGUUUAAUAAAGAUCGUGAUUCCCCAGCUCCAUCUGAGCUGCAGUGGGUUGCAGUGGUGCCGGCAGGCAGAGCCUGAGUUUAAUGCGGGGACUGCGGCUCCCCAGCAUCCAUUCAGCUGCACAGGCCCGUGGAGGGGAAGAUGUUGGCAUAGUAGGCAAGUGGCUGUAAGCAUGUCUGCAGAUUGGAGUGAAAGAAGUCCAGCUGAGUAGCUGAGUCAGCGGAGCGUUGUCACCAUUCCUCUCGUUAAUUUCCAUGGCCUUGCUGAGUGUUUUUCGUUUCGUUUGUGGUUCCUUUGUUUGUUUCUUUCAGCUCCUACUCAACUGAAUCUCACUGAUUUGCUGGGGAGGGGCAGUCGAUUGUGCACAUGGGAGUGUCUGCGUUGGUAAAUAAAAACUCGAUAGCGUUUCGUCUCUUUGCGUUUGCCUGAUUGGUUUUAGUCACUGUUCUUCUAACGAUACUGGCUGUUAGAUGCAAAAGAUAGCUUUAUGAAUGCUACAUUGUUUGCUGUCAAAUGAAUGAUGUUCUUCUGUUUUACUGUAGACUAGAGCCAGCUGAGCGGCGUAGCGCUGUACCAUGCUUCGCAAUGCCCUAGGAAAAACCUUUCGGUUUCUUGGGUAUACUGUGCAAUAUGGCUGCAUAGCACACUGUGCCUUUGAGUACCUUGGAGGAAUUGUUGUGUGUUCCGGACCUUCAAUGGAACCAACAAUACAAAAUUCUGAUAUUGUCUUUUCGGAGAACCUUAGCCGACACUUUUAUUGCAUUCGGAAAGGAGAUAUUGUAAUUGUGAAAAGCCCGACUGACCCCAGAUCAAAUAUCUGUAAAAGAGUAAUUGGCUUGGAAGGGGAUAAAGUCUGCACAAGCAACCCUUCAGAUUUCCUUAAGACUCACAGCUUUGUGCCUAAAGGACACGUUUGGUUAGAAGGUGAUAAUCUGAGGAAUUCCACAGAUUCCAGGUGCUAUGGACCUGUUCCUUACGGACUGAUAAGAGGACGCAUUUGUUUUAAGAUAUGGCCUCUGAAUGACUUUGGAUUUCUACGCGCAAGCCCCAAUGGCCAUAGAUUUCUUGAUGAUUGACAGAAUCAAAUGACUAUUGCCAGCGUGUGUAAUAUUUUCUACUGAAAUCAAUGGAAUUAUUUUUCUUUAAAAUAAACACAAGUGUUACUUGA